AUGUGGACUCUUUUGGUUCUCUGCAUUGUGAUUGCCUCAGAUGGAGUGCAAGGUGCACACUGUGGAAGCCAGUUUUAUGAUAGAAGGGGUUCUUUUAUGAGCCCCAACUAUCCAAACCCGUACCCGUCAUACGCAGACUGCAUAUGGUACAUCACACCAGGCCGUGGAAUUGUGCAGCUGGCCUUCCCUAUUCUAGACAUUGAGUUUCACUCAAAUUGUGGUUUUGACGCCAUUUACGUCUAUGAUGGCUCAAGUAUCAGGAGCAGGCUUCUGGGGAAAGUGUGUGGCAAGAACAGUACCAUCUUCAACUCCACCGGUACUUCUUUGACUGUGCGCUUCAGGAGUGAUAGUUCUGUUAGCUUGUCAGGAUUCCGUGCUGAAUACCAAGUUGUGGAGACAAGUUCCUGCAGAAACUACUGUGGCUACCAGUUCGCAAACUGCUCCUGCUCUUCCAACUGUCAAUACAGAGGGGACUGUUGUCCAGACUAUGAAGAUUUCUGCCCAUCCACUGCUCAGACAGUACCAUCCACUGCUGAGACAGAACCAUCCACUGCUCAGACAGAAGUAUCCGCAGCUCAGCCCUCGUGUCGGUACAACUGCGGCCACUACAUGGGGAGCUGUUCCUGCUCAAGCUCUUGUCAAUACUAUGGCAACUGCUGCUAUGACUACCACUCUCACUGCCAAGGUUCCAUAACCACUGCAUUCACCGAAGGUCAGCCCUCGUGUCGGUACAACUGCGGCCAGUACAUGGGAAGCUGCUCCUGCUCAAGCUCUUGUCGAUACAAUGGAAACUGCUGCCAUGACUACUACUCUCACUGCCAAGGUUCCCCAACCACUGCACCCACCACAGGUCAGCCCUCGUGUCGGUACAACUGCGGCCAGUACAUGGGAAGCUGCUCCUGCUCAAGCUCUUGUCGAUACAAUGGAAACUGCUGCCGUGACUACUACUCUCACUGCCAAGGUUCCCCAACCACUGCACCCACCACAGGUCAGCCCUCGUGUCGGUACAACUGCGGCCAGUACAUGGGAAGCUGCUCCUGCUCAAGCUCUUGUCGAUACUAUGGAAACUGCUGCCAUGACUACUACUCUCACUGCCAAGGUUCCCCAACCACUGCACCCACCACAGGUCAGCCCUCGUGUCGGUACAACUGCGGCCAGUACAUGGGAAGCUGCUCCUGCUCAAGCUCUUGUCGAUACAAUGGAAACUGCUGCCGUGACUACUACUCUCACUGCCAAGGUUCCCCAACCACUGCACCCACCACAGGUCAGCCCUCGUGUCGGUACAACUGCGGCCAGAACAUGGGAAGCUGCUCCUGCUCAAGCUCUUGUCAAUACUAUGGAAACUGCUGCCAUGACUACUACUCCCACUGCCAAUACACAACUGGCAUGCCGAGCACAGUAAGCCCCUGUGGAGGCUCUCUGUUUGGCUCUGGUAACUUCUCCAGCCCCAACCACCCCAACCACUACUAUGACCACGCCUACUGUGUCUGGCAGCUCAGGGCUGCGUAUGACCAAAGAAUCAUCCUGACAUUCACAUACCUGCAAUUGGAGAACUGCUGCUCCUGUGAUUAUAUUUCAGUCUACGAUGGGCCGUCUGUUAACUCAAGAUUUCUGGGGAAAGUGUGCAACAACAGUCUGAGUAACUUCUACUCCACCUCAAACUACUUGACCGUGCUCUUCCGGACUGACAGUUCUGUGGUUGGUCGAGGGUUCAGUGCUGACUUCAGAAGCUCUUUGCCACCAAGCUCAGGUCGUGUGGACUGUUCCUCAGACAACAUGAACAUUGUAAUCCAGAGGAGUUACCUGAACUCUCUGGGCUACGAUGGCAAUAGUCUGUACCUAAAUGACCCGCACUGCAGACCCCAGGUCUCCAGAUAUCAGGUGGUCUUCAGCUUCCCCAUUAACACUUGUGGCAACGUUCGGAAGUUUGAGAAUGGCAGAGUUGUGUACACCAACGCUCUCCGUGCCUACACCUCCAGCUCUGGAGACAUCACACGGCAGUCUCACUUUAAGAUUAACGUGGGCUGUCGGAUGGAGCAGGACUCGGUGGCCCAGAUCAUGUACCUUGUCCGUCACCAUAAUGAAACCAGCAUCACAGGCACAGGCAGAUUCAAUACCAGCAUGGAUUUCUACACAUCCAGCAGCUUCUACUAUAAGGUGACUCAAGUCCCAUAUGAGGUGACGCUCAACCAGAACUUGUAUGUUCAAGUGGACCUGGGGAGGGGGGACAGCUCUCUGGUCCUCUUUCUUGACACCUGUGUGACCUCACCAUCGCCCCAUGAUUUCUAUACCAGACCUUACUACCUGGUCCGCAACGGCUGUCCUGUGGACAACACCUAUUACGCCCACAUCACUGGAAUACGCGCCUAUGCCCGAUUCACAUUUAAGGCCUUCCAGUUCCAGCGAGCCACAGAGUCGGUGUACAUCCAGUGCAAGGUCCUGAUAUGCCAAGCCUCUGACUACAAUUCCCGGUGCCGGCGUGGCUGCAGCAAGCGUGCAGCCAGAGACCUGGGGUCAGAACACGACAGCCAAACUCUGGUCCUGGGUCCAAUCCAACUCAAAGACCCUGAAAAAAAGGAAGAAGAGACUCAUAAGCAGAACCAGGCUUAACGUGAUCUUCAAUGAGAGGCUUCAAUCAUCUUUAGUAUUGUUCAUUCUGAUCAAUAUGACACUGAAUUAUACUUUUCCCUUUAUUACAAUACCUGAUUAAAAGCAUCAUCAAAAG